AUGCUCACCGCGGCCGCUGUUCUCUUUGCUCUUGCAGGAGUUUCGGGGCAUGCCGUGAUGCAAGAUCCGGUUCCUCGCGGGACUGGCCCAGCUCAGGUAGAGCUCUGCGGAUCUGCUUUAACCACCGCCCUUGAGAAAGAUCUUGCAGGCCCCAUCGAGGACGCAGUAGCAAAGGCCGACGCCGAUUACAACUGCAACGCAUACCUCUGCCGUGGUUACCAGUACGAGGAUAACGUUGAUAAUGUCAAGAAUGUCACGGCGGGUGAGGUGAUGUACUUUCACAUCGACCUUGUUGCGGGCCACCACCCGGGCUACGCCAACGUCUCGGUAGUUGACCUUGCUACGAAUGAGAUCAUUGGUGAUCCACUCCGCUCUUGGGGGUAUUGGCCGAACGCCACCUCGGGCCCGCCGCGGGAUGAUAUUGACUUCAAUGUGACCAUCCCGACCAACUUGGGUUCAACAUGUGAUGCAGGCGGAAAGUGUGCGAUUCAAUGGUACUGGUAUGCAAGUGGAAACGAGCAGACAUACGAGAGUUGCCUUGAUUUCUAUGUCGAGGCUUAA